CACGAUAACGUCGACAUUUCAGCCACAUUGGGGAUAUUCAAAUUGCUUGUUAGUUGUCAUGUUCUUUCCUGUAUUACUUAUGACUUAUAUGUUUAAAUUUUCACAACCUCUCUCAUGCCUUGAUGAUGAUGGUCAUGCAGUCGACUGGUUUGUCGGUUACAAAUUACCAAAAGGUUACGACGUUGUGUUUAUGAACGCUGAUCAGAGGGACUGGCAGCUAUCCAAAUUCCCGAUAAAUGAAAAAGGAAUGAUGAGAAAUACGUUCGAAUCCAUGUUCGAUUUGAUUGAUAAGCCUGAUUCUGUGAUCGGGAUGUAUAACGAUGAGAUUCCUAAUUGGACCAAGCCAUUAGGUUAUGAUCGAGAGAACUUAUGGUGGGGUCAUAUGAAAGGUGCAUUUGCUUUCGAUGACACGGAUACAGGAUUUUGGGUUAUCCACAGCAUACCAAAGUUGUCAUAUACGAAUCUGUCAUAUGUUUACCCAAGGACCGGAUAUACAUAUGGUCAACAUUUUCUGUGCGUAACUUUGGAAAAGAAAUACCUCGAGUCUCUGAUCACACAGUUUGCUUUAGCUCGUCCAUUAUUUCAAGGUGCAUAUAUUUCACCCAGUGUAAAGUCAGAGUUCCCAGAUUUGGCGAAAUUACUUCAGAAUCAAAAAGUGUUUACUGUAACACCAAGUAGAGUCAUUGAGAUUCAAACUGCUAAAAGUUCUUUUCAACUAAAUCAUUUCUCAAAAUCAUCGGAUUUCGGUAAAGAUCUUUAUGCUGAUUUCGUCGCGCCAAAAUUAAAAAAGUCUUUAGAUACUGAGACUUGGCAACAUGACGGAAGUAUACCAUCGGCAUGUCGUCGGCAAUAUUCUGUGAAAAAUAUUAAAUCUAUUUACAUUGGAGCUACUGGAACCACAAUACGGAAUGCGCAAGAUCAUGCAAAAUGGGCUGUUACUGUGUCCUCAAAAAAGCCUACUGAAGAUACUGGUAAUUGGAUUUGUCUUGGUGAUAUUAACCGUCAGGUGAUAAAUAGAUUAUUGAUGGUUAUAUUGUAUGAUUAUGUGAUCAAUACAUUUACUACUUCUUGGUCAAAAACGGUAACAAUUUGAAUGCUUAAACAGUUUAACAGCAUGCUCUAUGUAACAACUUAUAUUUGUGAACAAGAGUAGUUAUGCUGCCUUCCCAAGCAAAAAGAUGGUUUGCUUAAUAAAACCUCAUCAAUUAGAACGUGGUGGUGGUACAAUGUGUAUAAAAGAUCAAAAACUAUGGCAAUCAUUUUAUAAUUUAGUUCAACGUGUAGAAGAAUGCUCAAGAACUGAUUACACUUUUGUUACUACCCAUUUAUUUAAACGACUAUGGACUUUGAUUGGAGUUGUGCAAUUUUUUUAUGCAUAAACUAAUUCACUUAUGAUGCUUAAUUUUGUUCAGUUUUUCUUUUUCUAACCUAUUUUAUUUGUCAUCAUUUUCAUUCUUUACAAAAAUUUAUUUUGUCCUAUUUUUUUAUUACCACUUUUAUAUGAUUACUGAACAAAAUGUUAUCUCUAAAUGAUUAUUUAUUUAAAAUUGAUAUCAUGAAUGAAUGAAUGUUAGACAAUCAUUGAAAACCUGGAAGCAUUGGACGACUGUUUCGUCCCAGCAUGGGACUCCUCAGUAGUACGAUUGUUUAUUAACCUAUUUCUAUAUUGAAAAUUUAAAUGAAUCACAGAAAUUUAUUUUACCAAUCUAGAAAAAAACGGUCAAGAGUUAUUGGUUGAUUGAA